CUGAUUGGUCAUCCCUGCCAUGAUAGCAACUUGUAUCCGCUUCGCCGAGCCGAGAGCUGGGGUUUAUCAAAAUUGGUCCGUCGAUGAACACCAUGUGAUACACAAGCGUCUAUUAACGUUAUUCUGGUUUAUCCCCCAUCCGACGACUGAGGGAGCUGGUUUCAAGCCUAUAUCUGACCAUCUUCGCGGAACAGCUCAUAUCAGUCUUUGAUAUCAUUUUAGUACCUUUCAUUUCUCACUAUGGCAGAUGACGCUGCACUCCGGGUCCCACCUACCCAUGAGAUCAUCGUUGUUCCUCUUGAGCACGAAGACCGCCAUGCGCUCCUCCAGCAGUGCAUCCAAGUUAGGAUCGCCGUUUUCGUCACAGAACAGGGGUUUCCUUUGGAAGUUGAAGUAGAUGAACAUGAUCCGACAGCGACGCAUUGGUUGUUAAGACUUUUACCGUCUCUCAAGCCCAUAGGGACAAUCCGUGCCCACAAAGUGGAGAACGCAGGAAGUUCAUAUUACAAACUUGCACGGCUCGUCGUUCUGAAGGAAUACCGGCAUUAUAAAUUCGGGUGCAAUCUUGUACUUGCGUUGCAUGAUUGGGCCAAGGAUCAUGCCAGAAACUCAGGGGUGACUGACUUUGUCAAAGUAGUCUGUCACUCCCAAGCAGUCCGUGCAGAUUCGGCUGGUGCUGUGGCAUUCUACCGCAAGUUUGGUUACGAGGAAGAGGGCGAUCUGUUUGAUGAAGACGGUGAACCGCAUCAGAAGAUGGUCUCACGAUUAUCAUUAGCGGAGUGAUUGAUUACAUUGUUCGUGUACUCCUGUAGUAAGAUGAAGCAAGGUAUAGGACAUUACUAGGGGAAUCUACUGAUACACAUAAGGGAGAUCAAAGUCGUAAACAAACAAAGU